UAGGAAAAAACGAUCCCCCUACCCUACCCCAAGCUCAAAUAUUGGGCGCGUUUAAGCAUUUGCUUGCGCCCCUCAAGCAGCCGCCCCCGAAGAAUAGUCAGGCUCAGCAAAUACUCGGCAGCAGCAGUCCAGUGCUACAGCGGUACUGAACGCAGGGAACUACGAGACAGCAAGCACGACGACGCAUCUUCCAGUGAUGGCCUCAGCGGUGCAGCUGUGUCGAGGUGCCCGCCACCGCUCGUAGGGGAAGAGACAGACCCCCGUUGCAGCCCCCCGUCCCUCCACACCUGACACAGACAAACACACCAGCCAAACCAAUGCCACCAUGUACAGCGUGGAGGACCUGCUCAUAUCCCACGGAUACAAGCUGCCCACCCCCGCCCCGACGCCCGCCCCCACCCCCGCCCUCGACGCCCCCUCGCCCUCACCCCCGGCCUACGACGGCGGCCGCCACAGCGACUGCCGGCGGGAAAUCCUGGAGAACAGGCUUGGCCACGGGCCGGUGAACGGGUUCGGGCGGGACGGGGGUCCGUACGGGUCCAGGGGGUACCCACCCAACGACAAUGAGUGCCGUGACAGAAAUCAGCCCGGCAAUAGCCAUGGAGACACGCAGUCGUUGGGGGAUUCUAUGACGUCCGAUAGCGGGUUCUGUGACGGGCCCAGGGGUGUGUACCCCCAGUCCAGAGCACCCAGAGAACGAGACGUGGCCUACUGGAGGAGGAGAGGCCAAGACUUCUCUGUUCUGCUGGACUACGCUGACUUCAGAGAGCCCAGAGGAGGAGGAGGGGGAGGAGGGGGAGGCGGCUACAGCAGAACCGAUGGGCAGCAGCAGAGAGGGCCGGAUGUACCUACAGAGGAGCGCCAGACAGAGAGGCAGAUCUGGGCCAACCAAGCCCAGGUUCAGGCCAAGGCCCAGGCCCAGGCCCAGGCGCAGGCCCGCUCCAGAGAGAGGGAGGCCGCCCUCCACCAGUGGCGGAUGGCGGCCGAGAGGAAGUGCCAGAGCCUGGGCACGGACGAGUGGCGCCCCGCCUCCAGCUUCGGCCGCCAGCUGUCCGACUGCGAGGCCGAGCAGUGGGCUCGGGAGCAGAUGCGGAACCACUCCCGCACGCCAGACGGCGCCGUCCUGCCCAGGACCAAAGCCAAGUCCCAGUCGCUGCCCCGCAUGCUGCCGCCGGACAGCCUGCAGUACGUGGAUGUGUCCAGCACGGGUCACAAUCUCUACAGGAGGGUCAACGGCCACCCUGGCCACCCCGGCCACGACCCUUACGGCCGGCGGCACUUUGAGAUCAGCCGUCCGGCCAGUGCCAACCAGGCCGCCGUCACACCAAAGCCCCGCUUUUCCCGGCCGCUCCGCCCCCCCUCCUACGAGGUGCACCAACAGACCCGGGGUAGCUGUGAGAUGUUGUCUGGGGACAGCCCAGCCCCCCAGGCCAGGGAAAGAACCCCCAUCCCCAAUCCCAGGUCAGGCGACCCCCGACUGGACUACUUUGCACAGGAGUCAGGGGGGUCUGGUGCGGAGCCUCCAGGCUACAAUCCUCCCCCGUCUUAUAAGAGAGCUCCAGUCCUGAGAGGGGGACAUAGGGGUCCCUUUGGUGAAAUCCCUGUGGGCUACAGGUACAGAGGGGAGGUGGUGUACCAGCAGGUGGCGCCAGACGGAGUUCACUGGUACACCAGACACCCAGGGGGCUCCUGGCCCGACCCCCAGAGAGAGUGGGCCCACCUCCCCAGCAGAAGGAAGCUGUACCCCGGCUACAGCCCCCAGCCGCCCGGAGUGGUCCAGUACAUCCCCUUCGACGACCCCCGCGUCCGCCACAUCUCGGCCAGUACCUCCGGCAACUCCCUCGUGGCGGACGCCGACAUGGUCCGGCACGUCCGCAACACCGAGCUUCCCAGCGUCACCGUGUCCGAGCCCCCGCCCUCCUCCCCGUCAGACGACAGUGCCUUCCUGCCCCCGCCCCUGGGGCACCGCGCCAGCCCCUUCCCGCCGCCCGGCCCGCCGUCCCCGGGCGACCACGACGCCAACCAGAACAGGUGGCCCCGCGGUGAUUUGCACAAGAACACUGAGAACAACAACUUCCCAGCGACCGACCAAAACUGUAACGACAGAUAUCCCAAAGGCCCGUCCUCAGCCUUCCAGCCCCCUCCGCCGUGCGGGCAGAGCGCCCGCUCCGAGCAGGCCUUCUCCGAGACAGCCACCAUCACGCAGGUGAAGAAGAUCGCUCCAGACUCAGGCCCGGACGGCAACAGGAACUCCAAGAGGAGGGUCAGCGAGACCAUCUUCUGCCUCGUGUCCGUCCCCAUCCAGAUCCAGGCCAAGGCGCCGCCGGCCGACCAGAACAACAACAGCACGGCGCCAGGCCCGGGCGCCGCCGACACCGCCGCCGUCGAGCCCGCCGCCGCCGUCGAGCCCGCCGCCGGUCGACCGUGGAACAGCCAAAGCCUCCGCAGCCAAUCCCUGACCGAGAUGUCCCUCAAGCCCCACCCCCUCCCCCACAUAAGCACCAGCAGCUCCUACUGCAUGAGGAACUCGAAGAGGGCCCCUCUCAGGAAGGAGAUCGUGGACGCCUGGUCGCUCCAGGCCAUGGCCGACAAGGAGCUCUGCUACGCGGGCUCGUGGCCCGGGGACCAGUACCGCAACCAGGAGACCCAGACUGUCAGCCCCCCUGUGGUAGCCAAAAGCUCCCCUCAGAGUCCUCCUGGUCCGGGGGGUCCGGAGCCAGGCCAGCCAGCCUCCUCAGAGAUCCCCGCUGACGGUGGCAUGGGGACAGACUGCAGCGCUGGCUCCUACAGCUCCUACUCCAUGGCAGGCCAGAAGAACCUCCACCCCUCCAGCAAUAGCGCCUUCUCCCGCCUCAGUAUCAGCCCAGCUCAGCCCCUGUCUCUACCUCCAGCUGGUACCUCCCAGAUGCCGCCUUUACCCUCUCCAGGCUCUGGCCAGCCCCCGUCUCUCCCAACUCCGUCCUCCGGGCCCGUAGGGGGAGCCGAGCAGCUUUCCUCCCCUAAGAGGAGUGGCCCCAAGCCCGCAGACGAGCCAUGCAGCGAGCAGGUAGCCUUCGGCCAGUUCCUGCUGAAGCCGGUGAACCGGAGGCCGUGUGACGCCAUCGAGGAGCUGGAGUUUAUCAACAAGGAGAUGGAGGAGCAGAUUGGAAAGCGGCCCGGCGCAGAGCCGUGUCUGCGAGACCUGGAGGAGGCCGUCCAACACACCCUGGAGCUCAGCCAGGCUGGAAGAUCCCAGCACACAGCCACCGUUGACCCGGUGAGGGAAGCAACCGGCCUGGGCGAGCAGAGCCAGAACCGGCCGAGCCACGGGGAAGCGAGAAGCGCCUUCUCCAGACCCGCGCCUGGCAGGACCCCCACCAUGGUCUCCUCCAUCAGACCACCCAGGGAAGACAUACCCUCGCACCCUGGCCCCAGAGACUAUGCCCCCCUAGCCCAGACAGAGCCUGGCCGAGCCUACAGGCAGGACAUCCCCGUCCCCCAGGAGUCCCUGCUGAGGGACGUGGGGCUGACCGUGUACACAGAGGCCCCCGGGGGCCCCGGGGAGCCCCACCAGCGCUCCCCCCUCCCCUUCUCCUACUCUCCUCUCUCCCUCCCCCUCUCCUCGCUGUCAGAACCCCUGGAGGGACCCCCGUGCCUGCACAUGUCCUGGGGAGAGAGGAACUCGCUGGUUCUGGAUCUGCCGGAAUUCCCCCCCAGCAAGCUUCCCCUGUCUCUCCCCGUCACCCCGGACCAGGAGCUGGCCCUCAGCAUGAGUCGCGGGGAGAAAGCGGCCCAUGGGAUGUCCGGGGUGACUGGGGACCUGGCGGAGGACGAGCUAGCCUCCUCUUCCUCGACCUCAUCCUUGUCUUCCUGCUCGGUUCUAUUGCCGGGCAGAACUGUCGUGGAGAUUUUGGGUCAUGUGGAGCAGGGAGACUCCGAGUCCCGCGAGUCCGGCCUUGGCAUCAGGAGGUCGGAGUCUGGAGGAGUGGAGGAGGACGGAACGGGAGAGGUGGAGGAGGGAGAGAGAGAGGGGGAGCUGGGAGGAGGAGGAGAGGAGGACGGAGAGAGACCUGAGGAGCAGGGGGGAGGAGGAGAGGAGGAGGGAGAGAGAAAUGAGCAGGGGGGAGGCGGAGAGGAGGAAGGCGAGAAAGACAGAGAGAGCAAGGGAGCGGCCAUGGGAGAACAGCAGGGAUACGGGGACAUCGGGGAGAGGAUGACUCCAACGGAGGACAUGGAGCAGGAGGCGGAGGUGGAGAAGGAAGAAGCAAUAGACUGCGCCAGCGCGGAGAGAGAUGGGGGGAGAAACGAGGCGGAGGAGAGCACACGGGAGCAAGAAGAGGAGGGAGAACUGGGAGAGGAAGAUAAAGAACAACAGGCAGAGAUGAAGACCGAACAUGAGGAUGAGGACGGGACAGAACCAGAGGCAGCGCUCACUACCGAGCAGGAGGAGGAGGAGGAAGAAGGAGAGCUGAAAAUAGAAGAGGAGGAGGAGGUGGAAUUGAAAAUAGCAGAGGAGGAGGUUGAGAACGAGGUGGAAUUGAAAAUAGCAGAGGAGGAGGAGAAAGGGGGCGAGUUGAAAAUAGAGGAGGAGGACGAGAUUGAGAAAAAGGUCAAAUUGAGAAUCGCAGAGGAGGCGGCGAAGAAACUUUCGGCGGAGUCAAAAAAAGAAGGGGCCAGAGGACAGACGGAAUGGGAAGUGAACCGAGGGGAGGAAGUCAGGAGGAAGAAGCGCAACCAGGAGACGGAGGGAAGGCCCAAGCCCCUUCCUAGGCCCCAGAAGCCUCCUCUGCUGCCCAAACCCAAGCCCCAGCCCAGGCUUCGUAGCAGCGCCACCGUGGCCAAAAGAGAGAUCACCCUUCCCCUCAGCUUCAAUGUCCCCUGUGGCUCGACGGCGCUAGAAGACGAAGAACUGCUGUCGGUCUCAGACUCCUAUGACCCCAGCCGUGUGGAGAGAGUGUAGCCCGACUUCUUGCAAGGCUUCCGCAACCAGCUCUUCUCUGGUUGGUUCCACCCGCCAAGUUGUCCGAUCAAAGUCCCUCAUCGUCAUGUCACGACCCUAUUGGCCCCUCACAGCACAACUUAGUACAAACACACAAGUCACACAAAUACACCAACAGGAAACAGCCUAAAACAACAGCUGCAGUGUUUACACACCCACCUGGUGCUCCGAAAGAACCUGUUAACUGCCAAACUACGGCCUUCACCCCUGUCCAUCCUCCUCCUCGUCAUCCUCCUCUUCCUCAACUCGCAUUUGUCAUCUGGGUUUUCCUGAACCGAAUGGUCUUCCUGUUUUUCUUUUGUUGCUGUUUUCAACCAUUUUGUUAUUUUCUUGUAAAUGCAUGUCAUUGACUUCCAGAGCACUCCAGCCCCCUAGUGGCUCAGUGCUGAAAUAUGAAUGUAAAAGAAACAAAACACAAAACUAGAAACACAAUAAGAAGGACGUGUUGCGUUACAAUCAGUGUUACCCUACACCAAAUGUACAUAAGAGGUUUUAUUCAAACCGUCGCUUAAUGUUUAUCGCUAAAGAACUGUAUAUUUUCUUACCUAUGUUGGGAAUAACCAUUUAAGAAGUAGUCUUGGGGGGGCAGAGGGGGGAGGGGGCAUAACCAAUAACUGAAGCCCCCCUAGUCUUUAUUCUUGUACGUGUGUGUGGUCAUGGAGACUUAGAAUGUGCGUAGUAAGGCUGGAUCAAACCUUGGGACGCUGUGCUUUUGAAAGUGUCAUUGAGAGCAAUACUGUUGCACAACGUUGUUCCAGUUCAAGGAGCUCAUCAAAAUCUCAUCCGCGCUCGACUUUUAGCAGCUGCUUUUGAUGAUCCACAAAUGCUCCAACAAAUAAACGGUUGAUAGUUGAUAUGCAAUAAAGGGUCAUGUUACUGGACGGUUUGUUGGAAUAGCUGAAUUGCUGAUAGUUGAAUUUCAGUAGGUCCACUUUUAGAGUAACUGCUUUAUAUCUGUACCAUGUGUUACCAGCAUCCGCCACCAGGGGGGUUGCAUUGCUUGUAGCGAUGGUGUGUUAGCUGUUAGCGUGCAUUGCGUCAUGCCGUUGAUGCAGGCCGUCAGACCCCUUCGUACUGGGGUGGAGCUCAUCGUUCAGGAUGAGCAAUCCCAACACGUAUCAAACACGUCAUUCCACAUACGUAUUUAUUUUUGUUAAUGAAACCUCAUAUUGUACAAAAAAAAAGAACAUAUAUUUUGAUGUGCAAGAGGUCUAGAUCCAACCGCGCAAAUUAAGUUGCUCGCGUACGUUCAUUUUUGAGAUGUCACGUGAGUAUAUCACAUUUUCAAAAGUGCUUUUUCCCCCCCCUCAA